GUGCAAAAACCCUCCAAGUUGGUGUCAACGCUCGCUUCCUUCUUCUUACACAUUCUCUGUGUUGCAUCUGAAUCUUGUGCAGGCGCGUGUUGUUGUUGUUGUUGUUGUUUUGAAUGGCUCUUGUCCAGCGGAUUCCGAAUUUCUCAUCCAAUUUUCGAAAUUGGAGGAAGACCAAUUCGACAAAACUGACCCCUGUUUGCUCUCUCCAUUACAAAACACAAACUUCUGCUUCUUCUUCUACUUCUUCUUCGCCCUUCACAGAGAAGCAUUCCGUUGAGAGAUACCAGAGGGACCAAUGGCUUUACAAGGCCUCGACGCCAUCUCCAUCGUCGGAUCAAGAAGAUGAAGUCUUCGUUAGAGAAAACGACAUCGCGUCUCAGCUUCCGGAGCUGAAGAAGCUCUUGGAGGUGCUGAGAGAGAAGAGGGAGAAAGGAUGCAGAGGCGGUGAUUGUGGACCAGGUGAUGUGUAUCUAGUUGGGACAGGACCUGGAGAUCCUGAGCUGUUGACUCUUAAAGCCGUCAGGGUCAUCCAAAGCGCCGAUCUUUUGCUUUACGAUAGGCUUGUCUCCAAUGAUGUCUUGGAGCUGGUUGCUCCUGAUGCUAGGCUCCUUUAUGUCGGCAAAACUGCUGGUUAUCAUAGCAGGACUCAGGAAGAGAUACAUGAGCUACUCCUAAGCUUUGCUGAAGCUGGAGCUACUGUUGUGAGGCUUAAAGGUGGAGAUCCUUUGGUUUUUGGACGAGGCGGGGAAGAAAUGGACUUUCUGCAACAGCAAGGGAUCCGAGUUCAAGUCAUCCCAGGGAUUACUGCAGCGUCAGGGAUAGCAGCAGAGUUAGGGAUUCCAUUAACACAUCGAGGCGUUGCAACCAGUGUGAGGUUCCUCACGGGUCACUCUAGGAAAGGAGGGACCGACCCUCUGUUCGUUGCAGAGAAUGCAGCUGACCCUGAUACAACACUUGUUGUUUACAUGGGUUUAGGAACCUUACCUUCUCUUGCACAAAAACUGAUGGACCACGGUCUACCUUGUGAUACACCAGCUGUUGCUGUCGAACGUGGAACCACUCCUCUACAGCGAACCGUUUUUGCUGAGCUUGAAGAUUUUGCAAGUGAGAUUCAGUCAGCUGGAUUGGUAUCACCAACGCUCAUCAUCAUUGGGAAAGUUGUCGAGCUCUCGCCUUUAUGGCCGUAUUGCACGAGAGAAGAAUCCUCCUGCCUUGUAGAGUCCCGUUAGAUUUUUCUAGGGGAUGGAGUAAAUCUUUAAUACAAAGAACAUUUUAGAUCGAGUGUGUGUGUUUUGUUUAAACAGCUCAGUGAAAUUGAAGGGAACAAUUUUUGCUGAUUUUACGAUCACAGGCUUCUCUCAAAUCAUAUAUACAACAUGCAUGAUUGA